UACAUGUGACCGGAGAGCCUUUCGCUUUUCUGUAACACCCAGAACAAAACUGAACUAAACAGAGAGAGAAAAAAAAUAGUUCUACCCAGUUACUUGCUUUGUGGCUUAUUGUAUGCUCAAUUACAAAUCAAUCUUAAAACCCCAAAAAGAGCCACUCCAAAUCCGCCCAUUUAGAUUCUACUCCAACAACUUGUAAAUAAAAAGAAAAACACAGAUCCAUCCUCAAAAGAAAACAAGAAUGUCUCAGAAACAUGUCGAAUCAUCAUCGCGAAACUCGAUCGAAUCAUGCACCUUACAGCUCCUCUCAUGGCGACCAUUCCACCGCUCCAAAACCCUAGACUCAUCCGAACAUUCGCCGCAGCCGCAGUCACAGAGCCCUUACAUCUCAUCCACCAAACGCCCUUGCUUCUCCGACCGCUCCACCACUUCUUUCUCCAUCGAAGCUAUGAGCCGUCUCUCUCUCGCCGACGAAGACAACAAGCUCUCAGUCUCAGCUUCCAAUUACAACAACAACAGUAAAGGGGGGAGUUUCCGCUUAGUAGCGAGGAGGAAACGGCGUCGUCGCAAUUCGAGAUCGGUGUCUGGUCGGAGCAGUGAUCGGAGCGGGACUCUGAGAUGCUGCUCCAUCGGAGCUCACAACGGGACUUGCUCUGAUUUUCCCUUCGCCGUCGGUACGGACUCGAGCGGUGAGCUGUUUAGCGAAGCGAAUUGGGCUUCCGAUGUGAGCGAGGCGCGGAGAUCGCGGCAAGAGCGGAGAGAUUACGGAGGAGAGAAGGAGGCUUCCGGGUUUGGAUUCGCCGACCCGAUGGGGAACGAAUCUGGGUACGGGAGUGAGCCUGGGUACAGAGGAGAUGUUGAGUUUGGUUAUGGUGAUGAGUACGAUGAUGAAGAAGAAGAUGUUAAGCCUUUGUUUUGGGGAGAUAGAGAUUCAACAAUGGAGAUGUCUGGUGGUAAUACGAAAUUCUCAGAUAGUAAACCUCAGUUCAGGUGCCGCCGCAGAAGACAACAUGACUGCAAAACUGUUGAUCCAAUGAAAUAGACAACAUUAACAUUUCUAUCAAGUCAGCCAAGUCGGACUAACGGUUCAUUGGAAAGCUUUUUCGGUCCAAUUUGAAAUGGGAUUCACGGACAUUCUUUUCUUACCGAAUUGUUUUUAGAUGCCAAGAUUAGCGGUCUUUUUGGAGGAACUUCCCAUGUAUUUUACCAUCACCUGGAAAAACUUUCAGCUUUCAUAUCACCAAAUUAUAUUUGGUUUGAUCUUCUGUUACUAUUGUUAGAAAUCUAUUCUAUUAAUUCUGCAGUAUGACCUAUUGAUAAAAGUUGUGUCCAAUUUAAAAAUAUAA